AUGUAAUCAAAUAGGUCAUAUUUCUUAUGCACACUUACUUUGUAGAACAGCAGCAUUAAACAUGAGCAGCACACCAACUGGAUGAAUCUCAAUUGAUACGACGAUGAAACACGUCGAAUACUCAACAGAAAAGCCUUUAAACAGGGAACACAGCCUGAAGAGGCUAAUUUCAAGCUUCAUUACCCCAGACAUUACAUCUUACGACCGUAACCAUGGACCCAUCCCCCAUCUUUCAGCCGAUAACCACACCAUCACAAUUGACGGACAAGGACUAACCCCAUUAACCCUCUCUAUGGAUGAUCUCCGUACAACAUUCGCACAACAUGAAGUUCUCUGCGCGUUGCAAUGUGCUGGAAAUCGGCGACACACGAUGCGCACCGAGAGCAAAGAAGUCCAAGGAAUAGAUUGGUUUGACGGCGCAAUAAUGAAUUGUAAAUGGAAGGGUCCUCGACUACGGGAUGUCCUAAUACGGGCGGGUAUUGACGGAAAUCAAGACAUCUUGCAGGAUGAUGGAAUGUAUGUGGCAUUUGGCUGCUAUCAGGUUCCGUGUCAGGAUGAUUGGUGGUAUGGGGCGAGUGUGAAGCUGGGGAGGUGCUUGGGUCGGGAGUUUGAUGUUAUUCUUGCAUUGGAGAUGAAUGACAAGCCGUUAAGCCCUAAUCAUGGUUUCCCCGUUCGAGUGGUUAUACCCGGUUAUACUGGAGCGAGGCACCUUGAUCACAUUUGUAGGUGGGUGAAAUGGCUGGAUCGAAUCACCGUCCAGAAAGAGGAAUCUCAGAACCACUAUCAGCGCUACGACUACAAGAUGCUCCCUCCAGAUGUGGACAGUUCCGAGAAAGCAGAUAAAUACUGGGAUCUGAUUCCUCCUUUAGAAGAUGUGCCCGUUAAUUCGGUUGUUGGUGAACCCGGCGAUAACGAAGAAGUUCAUACGCUGGCGUCAGGAAAGGUGAUUGCGAAAGGAUAUGCUGUUCCACAGGGCCAUCACGGUCAAGUAACGAGGGUUGAGGUCUCAGGAGAUGGGGGCAAAACUUGGGUUGAUGCUGAAUUGGAUCAAUUUGAGGGUAAGACGCAGAAAUGGUGCUGGGUAUUGUGGACGGCUUCUGUACAUAUGGAAAAAGGUCAAGGAAAAGUGAUUUUAAGUAGGGCAACUGAUGAAGCAGGAAAUACACAGCAAGAACAGUCACCAUGGAACUUGCGUGGAGUCGCAUAUAAUGGUUAUGGACUGUCAAAGAAUUUAAAUGUCGUAUAAAGCAAAAAACUUCUCACUGCUAUUCUUGGAUGAAUAGAUGAGCAUGUCUACACAUGUAGC